AAGACUGAGAGACUCAGAUGCACAGGGGGAAGGCCAUGUGGUGUGAUGGCAGACCGUGCAGCCACACGGCCACUAGCCAGGGGCUGCCAAGGACCGUGGGCAGUGCCAAGGCCAGGAGAGAGGUCUAGGCCAGAGGCUCUGCCUACACCUGCCUUCCGAUGUCCGCCGCCAAGCCUCUGAGAGAGUGGGUGUCUGUUGUUCUAGGGUGUGGGCUCUGUGGGCUUUGGCCGGGCCUCCCCAGGAAACUGAUAAAGGAGAGCAGGCGGGGCAGAGCCGGAGGAAGGUCACCCAGGGAAAAGGGACAGAACCGGUCACACGUGGGACUAGAGCGCGGAUGGGGUGCGGUCCCCGAUUCUGCCCCAAGCCGUGACCGUGGAACCAUGGCCCUGAGUUUGCCCACAAGCCUGCUCUGAAGACGAAGACAGCCGUACCGCAAGGCGGGGGGCAGCGGGAGCAGCAGAGGCCGGACGCGCACCGGACAGCCCACACGCGUGUGGAUGGUGAGAUGAAAAGCAGGGCGGGGAAGCCCGCACGGGCAGAGAGCUGGCACAGGAGACGGCUGAGCGCGGUGUCUUCCACGGCAUGUGGACGGAAAGGCGGUGAUGGGCUGGCUCAGCGGCACAUCUGGGAGCCCGCAGGGAGCCCGCAGAGGGGGCAGGCUCUCUGGACAGAGCUGUCCUGUGGCAGAGGGAGGGCAGGAGGCCAGGGGAAACACACCGGAAGUACAUCAGGAAGCCCAGCCAGACGUCAGGGGGCUGGAGUUGUGCCCCCCACGGGUGGGGCGGUGGCAACGCAGAGCUGGCCUCCACCUGCAGAUGCCACCAGCCAGACAGGGACACCCCCACCUCAAGCAGGAGACCGGAGGAGCCUUCUCAGGAGACGUCUGCCUGCGCAGGGCUUCCAGGAGAGAGGCAGGCUGGUCACCAGGCUCGGCCUGGACACUCCACACGGACCUGCCAGUCCUCCCUGCUACGUGGAAGGACAGCCAGGAGCUCCUGCCUCUGAGAGGAACCAAACCGUGCAGAAGUGGGGGAGAGCCAGGGGCAGGGUGAAAAGUGGGGGUGCCCCCCACCAAAACCUCUUGUCGGUCCCCACAGGGCAAGAUGCUGUGUCCAUGAUGCAGAGAACAGGAGACCACAUCACGACGAAAAUCAAAGAAUUAGAAAGAGUAGAAAGAGGCAUCAGGGGUCAUGAUGGUCCGGGAGGCAGAGCGAAGGCACCCUUCCAGAGACCAGGACCGGAAUACCGAGAGGCAGCGCGGACAGCGGGCUGUGGGGAAGUCGGGGGCCCUUGCGCCUGUCUGCCCGUACGUGGAAGUGAUCGGAUCAAUGCAGAACGCUGUUCUGGAUCAACCCAGACGCUGGAGUGGCCACGGAGCCGGUGUGGGGCCGGCAGGAGCUGAUCCUUCCUCUUCCAGGUGGAAAGCCAGCCGAUACAGCCUCCAGUGGAAGAACGCAGCAGUGAGAGCACAACACGCAGAGGUGUGAGAUGUGAUGGACCGGGAGCCGGAAGUGGCCCGGCAGAAGAGGCAGACAGACAGUCCCCCAGACGGCUGCUUUUCACUGGCAUCUUUAGAUCAUGGUCAUGCGUGACUUUGUUUAAAGUGCACAGUAACCUGAAAAACUCACAGGCGUUGAAUUUACUGCACUAGGUACAGUACGUAUUUGUUAGAAAGGAGUUAGAAAGCAGAGUUAGGUCCAUGGAGUAUAGACUCGGACUCAGGUUCGUCUUCGAGUUUAAAGUCUUGAAAUGUGUGGGUCUCAUCAGGAAGUGCCGGGCCAACUGCCAAUCUGGUUUUGGGAAGAAAAGUAAAAGAAAGUAACAAGAAAGCUCUUACUUUUUUUCCCAAAAUGGGUCUUGAAAACCACAGCAGAAGGUCAGGAACAAAGCCUGGGCAGCAGGUUUAGGGAGGGAGGGUGGGGAAGGCCCGGGGGAGGCAUACACGGGUCUGGGACAGUCUGAGAUCUGGACAGGAAAAGGGGAAGGAACCAGGUUUGAAGUGACAGCCCAGGGGAGAUAUUUGCAAUAUCUUUGAAUGACAAAGGAUGAAUGCCCAGAAUGUAUACAGAAAACAGACAAGUCAAGGAGAGAAAUAACCCUGGAGAAGAUGGGCAGAUUCUGUGCCUAGACAAUUAAAAGGGUUCAAAUGGCUGAUAGAUGGAUGGCCACAUGCUCAACCCCACUGGCAAUCAGGGACGCACAUGCACAUCGAAACAGUGUGCUAUCAUUGUUCAUCCUCCACGUGACAAUAUUUUAAAUAUUUUAUAAUUCAUAACACCAAGGGUACCUCCAAAGGCAGUGUGGGGCAUUGGGAGUGGGGAGUCCCUGUUUGGGGGGUAUGCAGCUGGCCCAGAAGACCCUGGACUUAAGGCCACACAGGCCUCGCUGCAUUCCCAGACUGGAGCCCACCCUUGCAGACGCCUAUAGGACUGUGGGAGGGGAGAGGCAGGUAGGCAGGGUGGGGACUAAAGGCCUGGGCACAUGGACCCCACCCCUGCGUCAAUGGCCCUCCACGUGCAGGUUCCUAGUUGUUUAUCCUGCACUCAUUCAGGUUUAUACAAAACCUUUCUGGUCUGGGUUCUGAUCCCUCAUGGAGAAUGAGCUUCUGGCAAAAAAUAAACUGGGAGGGGCUAAGCCAGGGAGGGGUCUGGGCAAAUGGGGCUGCCAGUCCCCAAGAGCCUCAGCCCAAGAGCUUCCAUGUGCUGCAUCCAUCCCCCAAACUCCACCCAGUCACCUGCCAUCACUGUGGGUUGGCUGUGCCAAUGGAAGACGCCCACCAGGCGGCUUGCAGGAGCAGGGCCCUGUUCCCCAGCCUCUGUCCACGUAGCUCUUUUCAGGGGCGGGAAGGGUAGCCCCCACCCAGACCUGGAACAGGAUGGGGAGGUGGGCUGCUGCUCAGGCCUGCAUGGGCUUUCACAGUCCUUGCCCUCGUCCCAGGGUGGGGUGGGGACCACGGGAGUACCCGAGGGAACACUGCCUGGGAACCAGCCCGUUGCAAACCUGGCUCACCACCUCCAGGGUUUCCUCCUGGGGCGUCCUGUUCAGGCAUCAGGUAAUGAGUUCAGGGGUAAUGAGUUUACUGGAGGGCCUGGGCCCAGUUGCAAGGGUUUGCAGAUCCAUGUCCACUCGACCGCUUUAUUAGCUUCUGCUUCUGGGACUCUUCAAACGCCACCAGGGCUCAGGGACGCUGUGAGCUUUGGCUGAGGACCCUUCUCCUCACUGCUGCAGCCUCCACCAGCUGCAUUUGGUAAAGUGACCCCAUUUUGAACCCCUGCGGAGUGCCUGGUGUCUGGGGAGCCCGUUUCCCCUCCUCUGUCUUUUCUGGAGGCUCUGACCUCCUUCCAGUAAGCUGCAGGCAUAUAUUCCCAUUUUAUCAGAGCAGCAGGAGGGCCGCUGUUACCCACAGGCCUGAAGCUCCCAUUGCUGCUGUGACCACUAGUGGUGGGCAAGAAGGCCUGAGGUUUAGAAUAAGCCCAUCCCCCCAAAAGCAGAUGAUUUGGGAAUGAAUCACCCCUGAAAGGGACGGGGGCCAGGGCCACAGCAGCACGUGCUCUUGGCUCAGUCCAGGCUCGGCACAGGCUCUGACCAGGUGCUGAAGGCCAGGCUCCUGCCAAGAACCUCCAUGAACCUCCCCCCACACACACAACCAGCCCUGCAUGCCAAAGGCCUCACGUGAACCCACCUGGCCAGCCUGUCCAUGACCAUCACACCCCUGCAAAUUCCUAGGCCAGACGAGGAAGAGGCCCCACAGGCUCUGAAGGUGGCUACAGUGGUAUAGACAGUAUUCCAGGGGCCUGGGUGUUUGCUCUGGGACAGGGGACCCCCAUCCACGUCUGAGGUAGGUGUUGCCACUCACCGUCCAAGUCUGGGUUCUGAACUCCUCUGUUCCGCUGACUGACGCACCCAACAGCCUUGAGCAGAUUUUUAAUGGGAAGCCAGGAACCUUCUCCUAGAAGCCUCCCACGCUCUUCCAUGUGCUUUGCUUGCACUGACAGGCCCCAGCAUCCCCUCCAGGGCCCAGUAUGUGACCAGGACUGACAACUUGGCACCUUCCCUAUCUCCAGCCACAGAUGGUUCAGAGAUGGGCACAUGGCAGAAGCUGCCCACCCCAAGAUAUCCCCAGGAGAUACCUGAAAGAGUGGCUUUUUUCUAUUAGGAAAGGUUGAAUUUGUGGGAUGUAGGCAUGGAGCUGUGGGCGUCAGUCUGCAGUCACUUGGGGACAGCCUGCCUGAGAGUGACGCCAUCACAAAAGGGCACAGGUAGACUCCCAGGUAGGAGGGAGGCCUGGGUCCGGCUACUCCUGGAGCCACGGACCUCUCCCUGCACAUGUCAGUCACACAAUCAACGACCUUCUUCUGCUCAAGCCAGUCGGGCUGGGGUUGGCCCUCAGAAGGCUCCCCGCUUGCCAGGGGUGGAACUUCACACUGGGUCGGACAGAGGGUCAGAUGCAAGACAGGAGUGAGGAACAAGAGUGCCGCAGAGGCAGAAUUAGGGCCACGGGUGACGGGAGGAAUGUCAAGACCCUCCUGGGGAACUGAGGGCUGGGAGCCAGCCUCCUCCAGGCCUCGCGGGGCAGGACGACUUCAGCUGACUCCAACGUGACCCGAGCUGCUUAAUGUUGGGAGACACGUUUGUGGUCUGGCCUCCAGUGGGUCUGACCUCCUCUCUCGAUAGACUCUGUGGGUCACUGCCAACUGCUCACUGCUGUCACUGUCCUGUAUGGGAUCCUGAGACACGGCUUUGAUCUGAUCUAAAAUGUCCGGGGUGAGGUCUACUGGUUUCAGGCAUGGCUGGGUCCACGUGUGGCAACUCCUGGACUGGAGCGGCCACGCUAAACGUGAGUCUAUCAGCUAUGCCCAGGGAUUCGUCACUUUCAUGUCAGAGCCCAUCUAGUCUUUCCACGUCCAUCCACACUCCCAGGAGAUGGGAAGCAGAGAGCUCGGUGCCAUUUUCUGCAGGAGGAAAGUGAGGUUGUGAGCAGGGUGGGAGGUUACCUGAGGCCGCAGGGUGGGCAGGGAGCAGGAGUGGGCGCCUCGGUCCCUGUCUUCACUGCCAGACGUAUAUUCCGGGGGCCUUACCUUGACAGGUUUUGGUAUGAAUGUUAUGGUGGCCUCACAAAAUGAGUUGGGAAAUGUUUCCUCCUUUUCUGUUUUGUAUGAGGCUGCUGAUACUUCUUCAACUAUUUAGAAAAAUUCCUCAAUGAAACCAUCUAAACCUAGAAUUUUCUUUGUGCAAAAAUUUUAAAUUAUGGAUUAAACUUAUUUAACUGGUAUAGGACUAUUCAGAUUUUCUGUUUCUCCUUGUUGUCAGUGUUGGCAAGUGUGUUUCAUUUACAUUUCAAAUGUACUAUCCUGGGUUUGUUCAUACUGUCUUCUUACUUCCUGUUAAUGUUUGGCGCGCCUGUGGUGAUGUCUUGCUUUCCAUUCCUGACACUGGAAUUUGAGGGGGGGUUUCUUAUCCAAUAGCACCAGGAGUUCACCAAUUCUACGAGUCUCUCCAAAAAACCGCUUUUGGCUUUACUGGUUUUCUCUAAUUGUUUACUUUGUUUCAUUAAUUUGUGCUCUAAUAUUUGUUAUUUUCUUUCACCUUUGGGUUAUUUGCUGGUCUUUUUUUUAAAGCUUCCUGAAUUGGGGCUUAAAGCAUUAAUUUUCAACUUUUCUCCUAAGCUAUGCACUCCUUGAAGGACUGCUCUGUAUUUGCAUCCCACGGUGUCUGAUAUGUCACAUGUCACUACUGUUCACUUCUAAACAUUUUACGACUUCCUUUACAGUUUACUAUUUGACCUAUUGACUGUUUAGAAGUGUGAUGUUCA